AUGUCAGAUGCUUUCGGUGUGGCUCAAGAUAAUAUAGAACGUAUCGCUAUUGACCAACGUGGUUCUAUUGGAUCAUUCUAUGAUAGAUAUGAAGAUAAUAUCAAGGGAAAAUUAGGUGAAAAGGUCAAAACUAAUUUCCAUAAAAUAAAUCAACCAAUGAUAUGCAUGUUAACCCAUGGGCACGCACCUGAGUGUGAAAAUUUACUUAAACUUGUUGGUAUUAAUCAUCAGCUACGGCUAAGUAUAUCAUUAGAAAUGACCCGUGCAACUGGAAUAGCUUCGCUCAUUAAUUAUUCUCAACCUAUUGAUGAACACACUCGGCUUUUUUAUAUUUAUCAAGAAUCAAAUAGAGAAUUAACUAAGGAUCAUUUACGUCAUUUAAAAAACCCGGUAAGAUCAACAAACUUUGUAUCUUUUGCAACCCAUAUCGUAACUGAAAUCAUAUGGGGUUUUCAUAUUCUUGUUAUUCUACAAUUACCUGCUAACCAAGCAAAACAAAUUGAUGUCGAGUUGAAGAAACUACUAGAAAGUAUAAUACAUAAGAAAUAUAUGGUACAAAUAAACUCACAACAAAGAACUCUACUUGAUCAAAUCGUCACAACUACAAUCUAUUCAAAUAUAGAUGUUUUAACUAAAUUGAAAAAGCUGGAAUAUGUUUAUCAGACAAUAAGAGGUUUGCAAAACAAUUAUGAACUACACGAACGAUUAAAAUAUAUUCUUACUCCCAUUGAAUGGCUCUAUGGUUAUUACACUCCAAAUUUGUCAAAAUUUUAUUUAAGUGAAACAGAAGAGAUCAACAUUCUUGAAUAUUACUUAAUCCAACAAGCAUCUGAAUUAAAAGUAUUAAAUAUUCGUGUCAAUCAUGAUCUAUUUGAAUUAUUACAAGGUAUAUAUAAAAUACAAUUCAAAAAAAUUCAAGACAAACUUACACAAUUACAAGUUUUACAUAUGAAAGAUAUUGAACGACUUCAUAAUGUAGUUUUGAACAUUCGAAAAGGAGUAAUACUUGAAAGUUCAAUAAAGAAAGAAGUGAGUUUGGAUUCGCCAAAAGAAAUUCAACAGUUGAAUACAAAUAUUAUUAUCGAUAUAGAACACUUGGAAUCAAAAAUGAAAUUAAUUAAAAAACUAAAAGAUGCGGGAUUCGAGUACUGCGAUGUUGAAGAGCUAGGUAUUCAAGAUGGAUUAACAACAGCCAAAAUCAAUGAUGUACUUUUUGGUACUGAAUCCAACAAAGUUAUAUUUUUUUCAAAUGAUACAUUAAAAAACAAUGAUCAAGUAGGUUGGACUGAAUUCUAUUCUCAAAUGUUGGCGGAGAAAGAAAAGAAUCGUCAACUUCAUCUUGUCUAUGCUGAUUUCACUUAUUCAACAUAUAAACUGGAAAAAAUGGCAAUAAAUUCAUCAGAAGAUAUGAAAGCAUAUCAAAAUUCUCCAAAUUCUCAAUCAUCUAAAAGUGAAACAAAAAGGAAAGCUCCUCUGCCACCAUCACCAUCAGUACAAACACCAUUACCAACUAAUGAAUUUAUUAAUAUUCUUCUUCUUGGAGAAUCCGGUGUUGGUAAAUCAACAUUUAUUAAUGCUUUUGCUAAUUAUCUUAAUUUUCAAAAUCUUGACGAUGCUGAAAAAGGAGAACCAAUUGUUAUCAUACCUGUUUCAUUUAUGAUGACAAUCAAUGAUAAUUUCGAUGAAAAACUAAUCAAAUUUGGUGAAAUUGAUUCAAAUGAAAAUCAUAAUAAUUCAGGUCAAUCAGUAACUCAACAAUGCAAAUCUUAUGUUUUUAAAAUUUCGAAUGGAAAAAAAUUACGUAUUAUUGAUACACCUGGUUUUGGAGAUACACGUGGUUUUGAUCAAGAUAAUCUUAAUAUGGAAGAAAUAUUUUCUUUUCUUCAUAAUAUAAAUUAUAUAAAUGGCAUUUGUUUCUUAUUUAAACCUGAAAUUGUACAAUUAAAUUCUUAUUUGAAAUCUUGUUGUACUCAAUUAUUUGAUUAUUUUGGUCAAAAUAUUAGUGACUUUUUUAUCUUUUGUUUUACUAAUGCUCGAUCAACAUUCUUUGCUCCAGGUAAUACACGACCAUUGUUAACAACAUUCUUUCAAUCAUUUCUUGAAAAGAAGAUUCCAUUUCAGAGAAAGAAUACAUUUUGUUUUGAUAGUGAAGCAUUUCGAUAUUUGGUUGCAAUAAAAGAUUCAAUGAAUUUUGAUCCAAAUGAAAGAAAUGAAUUUGAACAAAGUUGGACAAGAUCAGUUGCUGAAUCGGAACGUUUUCGUGAUUUUCUUUGUACUCAACAUGAAUAUCGUAAAAAUCAUGAAUGGCAAUCAAUUAAAGAUGUUCAAUUUCAAAUUAAUUUCAUGAUUCGUCCAAUGUUAGAAACUAUGCGAAAUCUUCUUCGAAAUAUUAUUUUAUUUGAUCAGGAUUUAUCAAUUAAACUUUCUGCAACACAUGCAAGUCCAUCAUCAAUGCUAUGCUAUAAAUGCCAUCGAAAUUCUGAGAAGUUCAAUCAAUUUUGGAUUAUACAAGAUUAUUUACAUAAUUCAUUAAAUUCGGUUAGUCUUAUUUUGUUUUGUCAUUGA